UGCGCUCAGUCGCGUUUGAGCUUUGGUGCCGUUCAGUUGUAAUCCGCGCAGAGUUCUCAAGCCUUAAUUUUGUUCACGCGACGCUGGAAGCAACACAAAUAAUUGGCUAAAUAACUGUUAUAAAUUUACGGUGUGUGUGAACGUGGUAUCAAAAGGAUCAAUACUAAAAUUUGAAGAAAAGCUACAAAAUAAAAAAGACAAUUCAAGUGCCGUUAUAGAAUGCAAAAUUCAUAAAUUUUAAAUCCAAAUAAACACAAAAACAAGCUGCUAGAAAUACCGGAACUGCCAAACUUAAAGACUGACAUCUUCUGGUGGGUUAAGCAAGACCCACACGGAACACAUUCAAGGACCAAAGCCUCUAAAACUCAUUCCGAAUAUGUUUUAGUAGCUUAGAAGAACAAACCGCAACGCAAUGUUUCUGCCUGUCAAAUCGAAUCACACCGCCGACUCGAGUGGCAACAAUGAGGAUGUCACCACCACCAGCAACAAUUCCACACAGACGCCCAGCGAUCUGAGCCCACCGGGUCCCAAUGAGGAGGUGCUGCCACAGGCGCACCAUCAAAAUCCGGGACACUGCAUCGCCUCCUUUGCUGCCAUCAAUCAGAUGAGAAAUAAUGCACAGCUCUGCGAUGUGCGCCUCGAGGUGGGCGGCGAGACCAUCAAUGCGCAUCGCGUGGUGUUGGCUUCCGUCUCGCCUUACUUCUAUGCCAUGUUCAAUGAUGAUAUGCUCGAGCGUACACAGGGCCUGGUGCGUCUGCAUGAUGUGGACAGCUCGGCGCUGCGUCAGCUGAUCGACUACACCUACACAGGUGAGAUAACCAUAACGGAGCAGAAUGUCCAGGUGCUGCUGCCGGCAUCGGGUCUGCUGCAGAUGCACUCGGUGCGUGAUGCUUGCUGCAAGUUUCUGCUGCGCCAGCUGCAUCCAUCCAACUGCCUGGGCAUACGCAGCUUCGCCGAUGCCCACUCCUGCAAGGAGCUGCACACACGCUCCCACAAAUAUGCGCUGCAGAACUUCCAGCAGGUGGUGGGAACGGAGGAGUUUCUGCUGCUGCCCUUCGAGGAGGUCAAGGAAUUGAUAUCGAACAGCCAGCUGAACAUUAGCUCCGAGGAGAAGGUGUUUAUGGGCGUGCUGAGCUGGGUGAAACACGAUCUGGCCAACCGUCGACUGCACAUUGCCGAGCUCAUGUCACAUGUUCGCUUGCCUCUGGUCAGCCGCGAUUUCCUGAUGAGCUGCGUCGAGACGGAGACACUGAUGCGUGACGACUCCGAGUGCAAGGAGCUGCUGCUGGAGGCCAUGAAAUACCAUUUGCUGCCGGAGCAGCGCAGCCUGAUGGGCAGCCAGCGCACCCAGGAGCGACGGCCCGAGGGCAUGAGACCCUACAUCUUUGCCGUGGGCGGUGGCAGUCUCUUUGCCAUACACAACGAGUGCGAGGUCUAUAAUCCGCGCUGCAACAGCUGGUCGCCCGUGGCGCCGAUGCUCUGGCGUCGCUCCCGCUCCGGUGUUACUUCGCUGCACAAGCAGCUCUAUGUGGUGGGCGGCUAUGAUGGAGUCAGUGACCUGGCCACGGCCGAGUCCUACAAUCCGUUGACCAACAAGUGGAGCAACAUCACACCGAUGGGCACCAAGCGCAGCUGCCUGGGCAUCUGUGCCUACGAUGGCCUGAUCUUUGUCUGCGGCGGCUACGAUGGCGCCUCCUGCUUGAGCAGCAUGGAGCGAUACGAUCCACUGACGGGCAUCUGGAGCUCCUGCCCGGCCAUGAGCACGCGACGUCGCUACUGUCGCCUGGCCGUGCUGGAGAAUCAAAUCUAUAGCCUGGGCGGCUUCGACUCCACCAACUAUCAGUCGAGCGUGGAGCGCUUCGAUCCACGCGUGGGUCGCUGGCAGCCCGUGCCCAGCAUGACGGCUCGGCGCAGCAGCUGUGGCGUCGCCUCCACCGAUGGCCAUCUGUACUGCAUUGGCGGCAACGAUGGCACCAUGUGCAUGUCCAGCGGCGAACGAUUCAAUUUGCGGCGCAACUGCUGGGAGCCCAUAGCAGCGAUGCAUUCGCGCAGAUCCACGCAUGAGGUGGUGGAGGUGGAGGGCGUGCUGUUUGCAUUGGGCGGCAACGAUGGCAGCUCCUCGCUGAACUCUGUGGAGCGCUACGAUCCGCGGCUGAACAAGUGGAGCGUGGUGAAUGCGAUGGUGGCGCGUCGCAGCUCUGUGGGCGCGGCGGUGCUGGAGUGCUUCCAUUUGGAGCGCGGACUGGUGCAGACGACGAACUUAUGACCCCCUCCGCCGCUGAGCAGCAUCAGCGAAUCCUUCGCCGCUGCCACAGCGAACGGCGCUAGCAGCAGCAGCGGCACCAGUGGAACUCUGAAUGUGCCCAGCCGGGCUGAGGCCGCUGCUUUUACGGCCAACAUUGCUUUGAGCUCCUCGGCGCCUUCGGCUAGCUCCACAUUGCGUCGCCAUCGACGUGAGACGCCAGCGCUGGCAGAGAGUCGGCGUGCCAAUAGCAAUGCCAGCAGCAGCAGCAGCAACGGCAGCAGCAGCGGCAACAACAGCGAGAGCAGCACCGUUGGCACAGGUGGGAAAACACCGGCGACCGCCUGAUCCUGGUCGAUGUCGAGCUGGCGACAUCCCUAAACAAAAUCACACUAAACUAACAUAUAUACAAAGCUAACCCCAACGCGCCUAUGGCAGGAAUUAUGAUUGAUUGAUUGUUCGAGUUCGUUAUUAUAAAUAGAUAUGAUAUGAUAUGAUAUAGUAGAUAUAUAUAUAUGAGCAUUGCUAUGGGAAUAGCUAAUGGCGUCUUAACUGAGAAAUCAGGCCACAUUUUUAUUGCUCAAGUAGUAGAUCAACAAAACAACACCAAAAAUUAAUCAAUUUGUAUUUAAAGUGUUUGUUCCACAAUUCGACUUCGAAUUCGAAAUCGAAUACACUUUAAAUACAUCAAGUUCUAUUGUUAGGCUUAUGCAAAGGAUUUGAUAUAGAGUUUAUAUAGUGUAGUAGAAUAUUCCCUAUUCCAAUUUUCCAGCAAACUUUGAUAAUUCUAGUGUAUUCAUUAUCACUAGAAUUUGUAAGCUGUACUGCAUGGAAUUUACUUUAUAAACGAGCUAUAUAACUCACUGAACCACAAUUUGAAAUUUUACUUUACAGCAUAAGCAUAACAAUAGAUAUAUAUAUAUAUAGACAUAUAUAUAAAUAUACACACACAUAUUUCUAGUCAAGAUCUCGCACGAACUUAAAAACACUCCCAUAUGUAAUAGCGAUACAAGGAAGGAACCUAAUCUGCCUACAAUUUAUACAUUGAAUCUAUCUAUACAUACAUAUUAUAAAUUAUACUAUAUAUAUAUACAUACGAUUAUAUAUAUAUAUACACCACACCACUCUCUUAUGUACUAUUCUUAUGUAUUUUAUACAUGCAAUUAUUAUAACAUAUAAGUAAAUGUUUCGUAUUUGAUGAAA